UCUGUCUGUCUGUCUGUGCGUGUGCGUGUGUGUGUAGCCAAGUGAUCCCGUUUCAUCGUCGGUGGAUGGACUGGACAUCAUCAUCCCUUGUUCCAUCCUUUGAUUGAUGGCUUUCAGGCUUUGUUCUUUCCAUCCCGUGACUUAGGCUAACGCAGCGUGGUUCUUGUUCCUCCUCUCUUCUCUCCUCAUUAUUCCACAGCCUUCGUCCUUCACAGCUGCAGCCGUAACUGAUUCCAAACACCGCCCACUUCUUUGAGCCAUGGGCGAAGACAAACAUGGCGAUGCCGCGCGGGGUGCUGGUCGUAGUGGCGGCGGGCGCUCGCGAAGUCGAGACCGCGAACGUCGACGUCGGUCGCGCAGUCGCGAUCGCCGCCGCUCGCGAUCCCGCGACGAUCGUCGCGGGGGCGGCGGUCUUGGCGGCGGCGGUGGUGCCGAUCACCGGGGCGGAGGAUUCAAGAAGUCCCGCCGACGCAAGCCCUCGUUGUAUUGGGAUGUGCCUCCGCCGGGCUUUGAGCACAUUACGCCCAUGCAGUACAAGGCCAUGCAAGCGGCCGGGCAAAUCCCCGCCACCCUUGUGCCCGAGACGCCGCAAGCUGCUGUGCCCGUGGUGGGUUCGACCAUUACCCGUCAAGCCCGACGACUCUACGUGGGCAAUAUCCCGUUCGGCGUGUCUGAAGAAGAGAUGAUGGACUUCUUCAAUAAGCAGAUGCACCUCUCCGGCUUGGCUCAGACCGACGGCAACCCGAUUCUGGCCUGCCAGGUCAACUUGGACAAGAACUUCGCCUUCCUCGAGUUCCGAUCAAUUGACGAGACCACGCAAGCCAUGGCCUUUGACGGCAUUAACUUCAAGGGCCAAAGUCUGAAGCUUCGACGGCCGCACGAUUAUCAACCCAUGCCGGGGCAAACGGAAAACCCUCACUUCAACGUGCCGGGGGUGGUGAGCACGGUGGUGCCGGAUUCCCCACACAAGGUGUUCUUAGGUGGAUUGCCCAAUUAUCUCAAUGAGGACCAGGUCAAGGAGCUGCUCACCUCCUUUGGCCAGCUGCGAGCCUUCAACUUGGUCAAGGAUUCCGCCACGGGCCUGUCCAAGGGCUACGCCUUCUGCGAGUACGUGGACGUGUCCAUCACGGAUCAAGCCAUUGCCGGUCUCAACGGCAUGCAGCUUGGAGAUAAGAAGCUCAUCGUACAACGCGCCAGUGUAGGUGCCAAGAAUGCGGCCGCCAUGAAUGUGGCCCCGGUUCAAAUUCAAGUGCCCGGCAUGUCCGGGGUGAGUGGGCCUGGCUCAGCCACCGAGGUCUUGUGCUUGCUGAAUAUGGUCACACCUGAUGAAUUGACCGAUGAAGAGGAAUACGACGACAUCCUGGAGGAUAUUCGCGAGGAAUGCUCCAAGCUGGGUGCCGUGCGUUCCAUCGAAAUCCCACGCCCCGUUCCAGGUGUGGAAGUACCGGGAUGUGGCAAAGUGUUUGUCGAGUUUGCCAGUAUUUCCGAGUGUCAAAAGGCUCAACAUGCGCUUACUGGUAGGAAGUUCUCGAAUCGUGUCGUGGUCACGUCGUACUUUGAGCCCGAUAAGUAUCACAGGCGCGAGUUCUAAACCCACACUCUCCCCUCAUCAUUAACUUUUUCACAGUGCUUACCCAAAUCUGAUCCCUACGGUACGGUAAAUGAUAUGCAACAUGCCUCUUUCCCAUCAAUUCACCCGGAAGCACCGAGGAGGUUGAUGAUCUCUUUUGCAGCUGGGCCAUUAUCUUAUCGAAUUGAACUUCUGUUCACACGCAUACCGUUUUCCGCUUUUUCCCUCUCUUCAUUUCAGAUAUUAUUUCUUCGAAAUAUAACCGUACUGCAAACUAA